AUGGCAUUCAAGUUCUUGUUUGGAUUACCACCACACGAAAAGCAUACUAAUAAUCACUUGAGCACGAAAGUGUUCAGUUCCCUUUCAAUGGACGUGAAACUAAAUUUGAAGUUUAAGGGCAACUGGCAGUUUAUUCGCCUGCUGCUUGAUAUAUUGCUGUUGGCCGCGCUACUGGGAUGUGUUAGAAAAUUUUUUAAGUACUGGAAAAAGAUCGUUCCUGGAAAACCACGUGGUUUCUUUUGUAAUGACGAAUCAUUAAUGUAUCCGUAUGUGGAGGUAUCGAUGGACGCUUCGGUAUUCAUAGUGGCCUUGUCCCUGCCACUGAUCGUGUUCGUGCUGAUCGAGUUUUGCAAAUGGUGGGGAGAACAAGGUUCCGAAUGCAAAAUCCGUUGGUCACAUUUUUGGCCUCUCUACAAUGCUGUGCGCUAUUUCCUAUUUGGAUUCGAAGCACAGUCGUUGCUCACCAAAAUGGCCAAGGCAACAUUGGGUCGAUUGCGACCUCAUUUCUUUGCCCUCUGCCAGCCUACCUUUGGCGAAAGGAAUGCUACGUGUGAGAAUGAGCGGAACCAAACGAUCUGGGCGUAUCACACAGACUACACCUGUGCACCGCGCACGCCGAUUGAAGUCAGCUCAUCAUUUUUCAGUGGACACGCCGCUCGGGCUUUCUACGGUCUCGUCUUUUUGGCACUCUAUUUGCAAUUGCAGAGUGCCAAGGAGAGGAAAUUAAUGUUCUUAACCAAUACUCUACUGAGGUCAUUGGGUCAACUGCUCUGUCUUAUGUUUGCACUUGUCUCCUCCUAUCUGCGUGUUGUGGAGCAUCAUCAUCACUGGUCGGAUGUAGUUGCAGGUUCAUUGGUGGGAUCGGCCGUAGCCUAUUUUCUGAUCCGAAACGCUAAAUCGACUUAA